AUGUGCUUUUCAUUCGUUGGACAACUUUUAUUUGGUAUCUUAAUGGUCAUUGCACUUGGGUUGACCACUGUAUCAAUGUUUCUACCUGGCUUAAAAGAAUUGCACGAAGCAGCGGCAAAUGUAAGCGAAGAUUUGACACAUUUCAGAAUUCCGAAAGAAUUUAUUUCAUCCGAAUCGUUGUGCCGAAUUGCAUCAACUGACAAUGCCGCUUCUAAUGAUGAAACUAUUGUGGAAUUGUUCGAUGAAAUCGUAAUUGAUACUCUUCCGAAUAUCUUGAUUCUGAACGAUUAUUUUGAUCUUUUCGAUUAA